UCUUGAUCCGUCAAUCGGCGCCAGCUGCCCCGGCCGCGGAAUCCCAGCCUUCAAAAGUGGCCCCGCGCGGGGCGCGGAAGGGCGAGGUUGCGCGGCGGAGAGAGAGAGCGCCAUGGCGGAGGGGGGCGCCGGGGCGCCGCGGGAGGCGAUCCUGGAGGAUUUCUUUAUGAUGGAUGAGGAACCCUUGGUGGAUAAAACAGUGGAAGAAGACGAAAUUGACCUUUACAUCAACUUGACCUUCACCUCAUCAGCUUACCUGGAAGAAAACGGGGCAAAGUCUCUGGUGAAGGAGCCAGAGCAUGCUGUUGGAGAUGAACUUGGGGAAGAGAUGGUGGUAGCUGCUGGUGGAGAGCAGCAACCCAAAGUUGAAGAGGAGAAAUCCAAAGAUGUGGAGACAGAGCCCAUGGCAGAAGAUCUGGAAGAUGACGGAAGCCUUCAGACCGAGGCACAGUUUACUUACGAUGCGGAGGAGGAAGUAGCCAUGGCAGAACAAGAGGAUGAUUCAACCAAUGGAGAAGCUGAAGAACCAGAGGACCUUGGAGACCCGGCUGUCAUGAGAGCUGUCCGAGGCCAGUCUACCCUGGAGAAAGAGGAUUCAGCUGUCCUUGAUAGUAGAGUUGCGAACAAUCUUGCAGAUUUUCCUGCUGACUAUUUGCAGCAACUUGACAGCGCUUAUGGAGACCCUAAUGAAGUUUUCGAGACAGCUUCAAAACCUGGUAUGUGGAGUCCUACUCUGAGGAGGGUUCCUUCGCUGUCUAUGACAGAGGCACUGGAAAGGGCUUCCACGUCCCACAUUGACUUAGAUUUUCUAGCCUCACCGGGGCAGAUGAGCUAUCCAGAUUCCCCUGGCCUCGAGCGUUCAGUCUUUCGUGGGAGAACUGUCAAGCCAUCUUCGCAGCGCUUCAUGCGGCAGCAGUCUCCCGUAGCAUCUGGCUCUGUAAGAUCACCGUACCCAUUUACUCCACCCCGCAGGACACGUCGCGCCUUUGGCCUUAAUCAGCCAUCAGGUUACGCUUCUCCACCUCCAUUUAGACCCGUGUUUCCAAACGUCGGCAGCCCGACCUGGUCUCUCACUCCUGGACUCGAUGUUCCGCCUUUCAGUCCAUCAACCAACAGCUUGCAGAAGUUCAGCUUACCUAUCACCAUGACGCAGCUGCACCCUCUGCAUGAACGGAUCCUGACACAAAGGCAGCGGGGGCAAAAAAGAAUACCUCGCAUGAAACCCCAGCCUCCAGAGACGGAUCCUUAUGCUGCCCUGAUGACGUCCGUAGAGAAAGACUGGGUGAUAAAGUUGCAAAUGCUGCAGCUGCAGAGUGAAAACCCUCACCAGGAUGACUAUUAUUACCAGGAAUAUUAUCACAAACUGGAGCACAAGCAAGCUGAGAAGGGGCUUUUUGGAGGGUCCAAGCCUGGCAUCCCCAAGCUAGUCACGCCUUACAUCCAGAAAGUGGAAACAUACGAAUCUGUGGUACGGAUCCCCGGCUCCUUGGGCCAGGUGGCCGUAUCUACCUGUUACAGUCCCCGCAGGGCCAUUGAUGCUGUCCACCACGUCUCCCCGGAGCAGGCUGUCGGGAACCAGCGGCUGCAUGUGCUGUAUCAGAUUGAAAAGAUGUACCUUCGGCUGUUAGCGGUGGAGGACAUUCGGCGGAAACUGGAUCGAGCAACGGAGGAGCAGCACCCUCAUUUUCGUGAGAAGAUUGCCUACGAGGUGGACCGUAUCUUCCGCACUCUGAGAAUCAAAGAGCACAAUAGGGAAGAGGAGACGAAGGAUGAGUUCCUGCAGAUCCUUCUGGUGGGAAAAGGGAAGAGGCUGGUGGCCCGUCUCCUGCCACAGCUGUCGGAGGCGCAAGCCAAGCAGGUCCUGGUUGCUGUUGCGCAGCACCUGCAUCUCCUGAUUAAGAAGGAUAUGCUGGAUGAGGCACUGCCCGUUCUCUAUGGCCCUCUCAGGGAAGUCAUUGAGCGGUUGACCUUCAGUGAGUUGAUUGACAUCCUCCAGGAGCUAACGAGUUUGCAGCCGGAAUCUGUCAAGCAGUCACUUGCUAUGGUGCUUGGAAAUAAGUUUGCCAUCUCACUCCUGUACUUGCUGCUCAGCCAGGGGGAGAGAUGUCUCUCGUCCAGCCUGCCUGUCAAGCCACACAAUGGAGACUUUGAAAAAUGGGUCAACACAGUGCUCCUCGUGGCCAGGGAGCUCUCUCAGGUGCCAAAGGCCUCCAUGGCGGAGCCACUCCACCUCCCCAGCAACCUGUUAUUCCUCUUUUGCCGCUAUGUGGACAAAGAUACAGUGAACCGCUUGGAUAUCAAGAUGGAGUGAGCGAUUUGGCCUUCUUAAACGACUGCAGACCUUGGAAAAUGAGCUGCGUCUGCAGGGCUCGAAAAGGGCAUCAAGUCUUUCCCGGGAUCGGCUUGAUGAAAAUAGAGUGUAGUGCCCAUUUCAAAGCAGGAUGCUAACUUUAUGCAACUUCUCUUCUGUUUCUUUGGGUGUUUGUGGUUUUUUUUUUUUUGUUCCGUCGGAGUAUCUGGGUUUUUAAGUCCUCUGUGCCAAUUGUAGAUAUCUAGUGCUGGCACUAGAACUCAACCCCACUUAAUCUGACUCAGCCUGAAUGAGCGGACACAGGCUGGCCUUGUACAGUGAAACACGUAGAGGGUCUGGUGUGGAGAGAAAUUUCUUUUAUAAAGCUCUUCUGUGUACAGCACUUAAAUACAAUAAAUGCAAUGAAAACAA